CAUAAGUAUAAAACAUUGAGAAAAGCUAAAGAAAUGUGAAGUUGGAGUAUUCAAUCUUAAGAAUUGAUUGAGCCUUAAGGAAGUAAAAAAAAACUCAUAAAGGCUUUAUGAGAUAGUUGAAGAGAUUUUUUUACUGAGGGAAACUCUGCUUCACACUUCAGCAUAGUGGGUGGCUGUAAUGCACCUUCAACGUUGUCACCAUUAAAAAGGGGAAGAAGAAGAAGUCGGUUUUCAUCUAGCCUGUAGAGGGCAGUAACACGCUGGUUAGAAGACCAACGUUAGAAGAAGAAGAAAAAGAAACCAAUGGAAUUGACCCUCAUUUCUUUGGUUUGCUGUGUUUGUCAGCGAACUAAACAACUAUUUUAUCUCGAAUCUAGCGGUGUAUGUGUCCCAUGAGCAGUGGAUAAUGUCUACCCGGGCUCUGCGAAGGCUCAAAGGGAAACAGCGGGGUCAGGAGGCCUUGGACCUCGGGGAUCUAACUUCGGGUGACAGCCCAGAGGAGCAGGCUGCGGGUGCGGAGGAGCAGCUGGACACGGCCAAUGUUUCUUCCCCGUCUGGCAGGAACAGCCGAAAGGCAAAUAAAAACAAGGCUCAGAAAAACUUCAGCAACCUCUAUGAACUGAUAGGUGAUGCAGACAAUGAGGCAGAGGAAAUCUCAGCUGAUGAGGAGGCAGAGAAACCAGAUGGAAAUAAAACAAGUGGCAUGGAAAGGAAUGAGAACGGAGAUAUUGAGAAGCCGGAUCAAAAGAAAGAGGGAGCGUCUACAAAGUCUUCAUCUGGAGACAGAGUUAAAAAGAAGAAGAAAAAGAAGAAAACGAAAGUGACAUCAGAAGAUAGAAAGGGGGCUGUACCGGAUGAUAACAUUGAUUUAUUGCUGGAGAACCUGGAGCAGACCAAUGGUCUGAGUUUGCAAACUGAGGAUUGCGGAGGCUCCGACAGAAAAUCUGUGCUACACGUGGAGCACAGGAAUCUCAACCCAGAGACAGAGCUGAAGAGAUAUUUUGGGGCUCGAGCUGUUCAAGGGGAUCAAAGACCUCGACAGAGAAACAGACAGUUUCACCGUACCACCUGGAUGACCAGUCCUAAGGACAGCUGGCCUCGCUUUAGCCGCCCAGGAAUCUCAAUGACCUUACUGCAGUCAAAGGACGGCAUUCAGUACUUCACCUUUGAGCACAGCCGGGACUAUCAACAAGUACAGUUCAAGUUCCUGGAUGCUGUCGAGUCCAUGGAUCCCAACAACAUUGUGGCCUUGCUACAGCUGAACCCUUACCACAUUGAUUCCUUGCUGCAGCUUUCUGAUGUGUGCCGCAUACAGGAGGAUCAGGAGAUGGCCAGGGACCUCAUCGAGAGGGCCAUGUACAGCUUUGAAUGCACUUUUCACCCUUUAUUCAGUCUGACCUCAGGAACAAGCAGACUUGAUUAUCUGAGACCAGAGAACAGGGCAUUUUACCUGGCUCUUUUUAAGCACAUGAUGUUCCUUGAGAAGAGAGGAUGCCCACGGACAGCUUUGGAGUACUGCAAACUGAUCCUCAGUUUGGACCCAGACUCAGACCCACUUUGCAUGCUCCUUCUCAUUGAUUUCCUGAUGCUGCGUUCCAGAGAGUACCAGUCUCUCCUUCAGUUGUAUCAGGACUGGGAGGAGCACAGAAAUCUGUCCCAGCUGCCAAACUUUGCAUUCUCCACUGCCCUUUGCCAUUUCCAUCUCAGUCAGCAGGAAGAUAUUGAUCCUGAAGAAAGUGACAAACGACGACAAAAAGCUGACCAGACCCUGCAGAAUGCUCUCAUCAUGUUCCCUGGAGUCUUGAUGCCUCUACUGGAUCUGUGUACUGUGCAGCCAGAUGUCACAGUCACCUCACAUGCCUUCUUUGGCCCAAAGAGUAGGAUAGG